UGGGAAUGGCUGUGAAAAUUCACACAAAUUGCAAACACAACAAGGCACGGAGAUUUAAACAAAUUGGUUGUAUAUAAAAGUGCCAGCCCAGCGAUGCAGAACACACCGGACGAGGAGGGCGCGCCGCCGAAGGCAGCGCCGGUGGGCGUGGUAAGCGCCCUGGAGGGAGAUGACGGCGGCGGAGGAGGAGAAAUCAGCGCUGGAAGUGCAAGCGGAAGCAGCGGCAUUAUUGUUUUGAGAGCCGUGCUGGGGGAGGCGGAGACGAGGGCGCGGAUCAAUAAAUGGCGGGUUCGCGAGGGCCAGUUCGUGUCGGCCGCGCAAAUUCUGUUCCUCUACCAGCCCGUCGGCGAGGAUGGAAAGCCAUGGCCCGGAGAGCGGAAGGCGGGCGAAUCCGGAAUCCAGAAGUACAAGUCGCAGCGCGCCGGGGUGGUGAAGAAGCGCCUCCGUAAAGACGGCGAAUUUGUGUCCAAGGGUGAUGCCAUCCUGGAGUUGUCCGAAUGCAUACACACCACGGUUAUCAAGGACAUGUGCGCGGACUGCGGAGCCGAUUUGCGUCAGAACGAGAAUGGUCAGACCUCGGAAGCCUCGGUGCCCAUGGUGCACACCAUGCCUGAUCUGAAGGUCACCCAAAAGUUGGCCCAGAAACUUGGGCAUGAUGACACCCGGCGCCUUCUGGCCGAUCGCAAGCUGGUUCUGCUCGUCGAUCUCGAUCAGACGGUGAUCCACACCACCAACGACACGGUGCCCGAAAAUAUCAAGGGCAUCUACCAUUUUCAGCUUUAUGGACCUCAAUCGCCAUGGUACCACACUAGACUGCGGCCGGGAACGGCAGAAUUCCUCGAAAGCAUGUCCCAGCUAUACGAGCUGCAUAUCUGCACCUUUGGCGCAAGGAACUAUGCGCACAUGAUAGCCCAGCUUUUGGAUCCGGAUGGGAAGUUCUUCUCACACCGAAUUCUCUCCAGAGAUGAGUGCUUUAAUGCCACUAGCAAAACAGAUAACCUAAAGGCUUUGUUUCCCAACGGAGACUCGAUGGUGUGCAUUAUUGAUGAUCGGGAGGAUGUGUGGAACAUGGCUUCCAAUUUAAUUCAGGUUAAACCGUAUCAUUUCUUUCAACACACGGGUGAUAUAAAUGCUCCACCGGGCUUGUCCAAACACGAGUUAGACGGCGAGGGCGUGGACUUCAAAGAUAUUACCGAGAAGAAAGAGGAAAAAGACAAGCCAGAGUCCGGCGAAGAUGAAAAGUCGGAUGAGGCCGAGAAAAAUGACAAAACUGUCUCAAGUACAAGCAAAGAUGAUGAGGGCACAGAGGAAUCUGUAGAUGUCGUGGAUACCGAGUCCUCGAACGAGCCGAUUGACAAGCUCAAUGGCAAAACUCCUGCAGACGAAAUCAUUUCCAUUGAUGACAGCCCAUCCGAAGCUCAAAAGCCUCCUAGUGAGGGUGAUGACGUAGUUAUUAUUGACGAGUCAAACUCUGAUAACUCAAAAGAGAGCACAAAAGUCGAGGCUGAGAAAGCCACGUCGGCAGAGGCGUCAUCCACAACCAAGUUAGAUGAAGACGCUCCGACUUCGGAAGUGGAUGCAGCCACCACAUCGAAGGACACGCCUCACAUUCGUGUGACGCAUGACGGCCAGAAGCAGAUCGAAAUCGAGGAUCCCGAUGACUAUCUUUUGUACUUGGAAGUCAUUCUACGAAACAUACACAAACGUUUCUAUGCCAUCUAUGAUGAGACUAUGGAGAUACCUGACCUGAAGAUCAUCGUUCCGAAGAUCCGUUGCGAGGUUUUGCGCAGCCAGAACCUGGUCUUUUCCGGUCUAGUGCCCACACAGAUGAAGCUGGAGCAGUCUCGGGCCUACUUUAUAGCCAAGAGCCUAGGCGCGGAGGUGCAAGCUAACAUUGGAAAGGAAACAACGCAUUUGGUGGCGGUUAAUGCAGGCACCUACAAGGUGAAUGCCGCCAAGAAGGAGGCCAAUAUUAAGGUGGUGAAUGCCAACUGGCUGUGGUCCUGCGCCGAACGAUGGGAGCAUGUUGAGGAAAAGCUUUUCCCGCUGGAUCGCAAGGUGCGGAACAAGGGCCGUCAGCCUCCGGCCCAUUGCCAUAGUCCCGAACACGUUGUUAACUACAGCGAACGGUCAGAGAUCUCGCCCUCGAGCAGCAAACAACAGGAGGAACAGAGCGGAAACUUCCGGGAGACCCUCAAUCCGUUGUUAGUCUUUACCAACGCGGAUAUCGAGUCAAUGAACAAGGACUAUGAUAACUUUUUCGAGUCCGAUUCGUCCAGUGACGAGGGGCCCGUCAACUUUGAAAAUCCACCCAUGGACAAAAAGCUAUUGAAGCGAAAACGUGAGGAUGACAACUCUAACCGAGCCCAUGAUUUCUUCACGCGCGGCGAGGACGUGAUGAUGGGAGCGCCGCUAAAUUUCGAUAAGGAAGGUAUUGCUGAAGAAGGCGAUGAUAAUAACGAAGACGCAGAGGAAGACGACGAUGAUGAGAUGCCUAGCGCCAAAUUCCGACGUGGAGAGGAACUUCCCUCCGACCUUGAGUUUGGAUCUGACUCGAAUAGUGAUAACAACCCGGAGGAUGAGGAUGAUGGCGAGUGGAAUAUGAUGGGUGCUGCCCUGGAACGGGAAUUUCUCGGCCUAGAGGAUUAGCUAAUUGGCUUGGACUUUGACUUUGAAAUGUAGAAUUUUUGUGCGAUCCUUGAACACCAGAACAACGGUGACUGGAGCACAAGUGACGCGUUGGACCGCGAACUGCUUGGCUUGGAGGAGUAGUCAAGCGAUGGGAUGAGUUAUGUGCUUAUGAUAAGAUCAGUACUGUAUGUAUUAGAUGUUAAUAUGUACUUUUAAAGUAGAUUGUAAGAGAUUGCACAUCGGCCCCCGGCUCGCAUUGAACAUUUCGAAUCGAUCCGAAUCAACUUGUUGUGAAUUGAAUAGAAUCGAAAGCUUUCAAUCUGAUCUAAUGUAAAGAGACCCUCUGUAAAUGUUUAAAAAAUAAAUUCCGUAGCAGCGGACUA